AUGAAAUCUGUUCCUCUCUCCAAGGCUGUCAUUCCGUUCCUAUUGCUACUUGAUUCUUUUAGUCUUCUGGCAAAUGCUAAAAUUACGCCAUUAAGUUGGAAAGAGGCUUAUUCCAAGGCAGAAAAGCUCGUGGAUCAAAUGUCUGUUGAGCAAAUGGUCAAAAUUACUACUGGUCAAGGAUGGAGUAAGGGGCUAUGUGUUGGUCAGACAUAUGCGAUCGAGAGUCCUGAUUUUCCUUCACUAUGCUUACAAGAUGGUCCCUUGGGUGUUCGUUUGGCUGACAAUAUUACUGCUGGAGUUGCUGGUAUUAAUGCUGCUGCUUCUUUUGACAAGAAUGCUAUCUAUGAACGUGGUCGAUACAUGGGUCAAGAAUUCCGAGGAAAAGGUGCUCACAUUCAGUUGGGUCCAGUUAUGAACCUGAUGAGAUCUCCCGAAGGUGGUCGUGGAUGGGAAGCAAGUGGUGAAGAUCCUUUUUUGAGUGGUGUUGUUGCUGCUGAAACUAUCAAGGGUAUUCAAGAAGAAGGUGUUAUUGCUACUGCCAAACACUAUAUUCUCAAUGAUCAAGAGUUGAACAGAACCACUUCUUCUUCUGAUAUUGAUGAUAGAUCUUUCCACGAAGUAUAUCUUUGGCCAUUUGCUCGUGCUGUUGAAGCUGGUGUAGGUUCUAUCAUGUGCUCUUACAAUAUCAUUAAUGGUACACAUGCCUGUGAAGAUGAUCAUACCUUGAAUACAGUUUUGAAAGGCGAGCUUGGCUUUAAGGGAUUUGUCCAGUCAGAUUGGGGCGCUACACAUUCUACUGUUAAUGCUGCUAAUCAUGGUCUUGAUAUGGACAUGCCAGGUACUAUUGGCUUUGAUUUUAAGGCUAAUGCUUCUUAUUUUGGCAAGAAUCUGACAAAUGCUGUUCAUGACAAAAAGGUGAAGAAAGAACGUCUGUCUAAUAUGGUAACUCGAAUCGUUGCUGCUUGGUACAAAAUGCGUCAAGACUCUGGCUUCCCAGAAACAACGAUUGGUACUGGUGUACAAGUCAAUGUUCAGGCAAAUCAUAGAAAACUGGUUCGCUCUAUGGGUGCUGCCUCAAGUGUUCUUUUGAAAAACUCGGGUAUUCUUCCUGUUGACCCUCAAAAAGUCAGCAAGAUUGCUAUCAUUGGCUCUGAUGCAGCACCUAAUCCUGUGUACCUCGAUAGCUCUCGUACAUGUAGCAAUGAUACAUGCACUGUUGGUACUGUUGCCCAAGGAGGAGGUUCAGGCGCUUCUUCUUUCCCUUAUCUUGUGGAUCCUCUCACUGGUCUUACUGAAGCUUUUGGCAAGAAAGUGAAGAUUGCUUCUUCUUUAGAUGACUAUGAUCUCGAUAAGGCAGCCGAGACAGCGAAAGAUGCCGAUGUCGCUUUUGUCUUUGCAAACACUUUUGCUUCCGAGUCUUAUGAUAGAGCCAAUUUAUCUUUGAGAAAUGAAGCUGAUAGUUUGAUCAAGGCCGUUGCUGAUGCAAACAAAAACACUGUGGUUAUUGUGCAUUCUGUAGGGCCUGCACUCUUGCCAUGGACUAACCACUCAAACAUUAAGGCUAUUCUCUGGCCUGGUCUUCCUGGUCAAGAAACUGGUAACUCUCUUGCUGAUAUCAUUACUGGUGCUGUCAAUCCCUCUGCUCGUCUUCCCUACACUAUCGCCAGACAAGCCUCAGACUACAAUGCCAAAUCUGAUCCUGCUUACAAUGUCAGUUAUUCUGAAAAGCUUUUAUUAGGAUACAAGUGGUUUGAUCAGUCAGAUAUUGAGCCUUUGUUCCCAUUCGGUCAUGGUCUUUCUUUCACCACCUUUAAAUAUAGCAAGUUGAAGGUCAAGACAUCCGGUUCCACAUCUGUAACAGUAACAGUCUCUAUUCAAAACUCUGGUAAAUAUGAUGGUUCUGAAGUCGUACAAGCCUAUCUUUCUUUUCCUCAAAGCGCUGGUGAGCCUCCUAAGCUCCUUCGCGGUUUUGAAAAAGUCUUUUUGAAGAAGGGCAAGAAGGAAACCGUCAAAUUUGAACUCUCCAAGACUGAACUUAGUAUAUGGGAUAUUGUUUCUUCCAAAUGGGUUGUACCUUCUGGUAAAUUUACUAUUCAUAUUGGUGCCUCAAGUAGAGAUAUUCGCCAAUCUGCUACUUUCAUUUUGUAA